AUCAUCAUCCCGGAGCCGUCAGUUUUUUCAAACUCCUCCUCAUGCCCGCGCUCUCAAGCCCCACCACCCACACCUUUUCUUAGAGAGCGAAACACCGAUUUACAGAUCAACCGCAAACUCCCUCAGAUCUACGGAGACUCCUCUUUCUCGAUUCUCGCGAUAUAUACGAUACCAAAAGGGCAUCAAAGGCGGCUGAUUUUUGAUUUUUGAUUCAAUACAAAAGGUUGGAAUCCAAGGCAAAUGCGACGUAUGACGUUUUGCUCCAUGUGUGUGUGUGUACAUGUGGUGUUCCGUUUGAAGUAAACAGUAGCCUGUAAAGUUUUCUCCCUAAAAAGAGGGAAAUUUGGGGUUCCUUUUGCUUAUCUUUUAUUUACUUCUUUAUAUAAACACAAAUAACAAAAUCCACCCACAUAUAAACGCAAAAAGAGUUCCUUUACCAUAGCAUGCGAGAGCUAGGUUUUUGGGAUAAAGGAGAGAGCGGUUUUGUUGGUGAAGGAUGCAGAAUAUGAAGAAGAAAGCCUGUGAUUCUACUAGUAGUUCUAAUAACAACAACAGUAGUGGUGAUGGUGAAGCUCAGAAGCAGAAAGAGAGGCAUAUAGUUUCUUGGUCUCAAGAGGAAGAUGAUAUAUUAAGGGAACAAAUCGGUAUCCAUGGAAUCGACAAUUGGGCUAUUGUUGCAUCAAAGUUUAAGGAUAAAACUACAAGGCAAUGUAGAAGAAGAUGGUUCACUUAUUUGAAUUCUGAUUUCAAGAAAGGAGGAUGGUCACAAGAGGAAGACAUGCUUUUAUGUGAGGCUCAAAAGAUUUUUGGUAACAGAUGGACUGAAAUAGCAAAAGUCGUUUCAGGCAGAACGGAUAAUGCUGUCAAGAAUCGGUUUUCGACAUUGUGUAAGAAGAGAGCAAAGAAUGAAGCAAUGGCAAAAGAGAACAACACUUGUUACAUCACACCAAACAACAAAAGGACCAGAUUUCAGAAUGGACAAAAUGAAGACAGAGUUCUAGAACCUUCAAUGCCUCUUUCCAAAAUGAGGAGGAAACAUAUUCCUGAUACAACAGAAGAGAGCCAUAACAUCAACACCUUGACAACACAGGUUCAUCCCAAAAGUGAAGAGGUCUCAAAAGAUGGAACAUUUCUGAAGAAAGAUGACCCGAAGAUUAUUGCAUUGCUACAACAGGCAGAACUUCUCAGUUCACUUGCACUCAAAGUUACUCUGGAGAAAACAGAGGAAAGUUAUGAAAAAGCUUGCAAGGCUGUUGAAGAUUUUUUAAAGAAAACCAAAGAAAGUGAUGUGGUUGGAGUUAACAAUAGCAUGUCUGAUAUGGACAUAAGAAGUUGUGAUGAAGGCAGCCAACAAUCAUGGAGACAACCUGAUUUAUAUCAGGGAUCCCCAGAAAGCUCAGAGUACAGUACAGGGUCAACUGCUCUCUCCCAAGUGAUUGAGAAAAUUUGUGGUAAAAAUAUAAUAACACCUGAUUCAACAACAAACCUAGAUGUUUUAGCUUCUUGUGAUGAAUGUGAGAAUGAUGUUGGAGGCAUAUGUCCCUUGCCAAAUUCACAAUUCAAUUCCCCACUUCAAGUAACUCCAUUGUUUAGAUCAAUGGCAGCAGGAAUUCCAAGCCCACAGUUUUCAGAAAGUGAAAGGAACUUCCUACUAAAAACACUUGGAAUGGAAUCAACACCACCACCAAAGCCAGGAAUCAGAACUUCACAACCUCCACCUUGCAAAAGGGCUCUUCUCCAUUGCCUUUGAUUUGAUUAUUCCCAUGUAAUGUAGAGUUUUUUCAUAGGAUUUUGCAUCUCAUAUCAUAUCAGCCUGAUUUUUUAAACAAAAAGGUUUGAUCAACAUCAAGAUCUGCAUCAAAAUCUGGAAUGUUCCGGUACAUUCCAGAACAACCACAAGUAGAUCAAGGAUUUACAUUUUACUAGUUGACAUGCAUUGUUUUUUGUUUCUUCAUUUUUGGAGGGUUUCGAAUAUGGCUAGUAUUCCCCCUCAUAAUUAUUUGGCCUUCAAAUAUGCCAAAAUCAUGCACAGAACAUAUAUAUAUAUAUUUUUUCUUACAGAGUGUAAUUAUACAUCGGCGAGUUGCUGAUAUUUACAAUAUUACCCCUAAAUGGAAAAGGGGGAGGUUUUAGAAGCAUAGAAGUGAGUGAGCGAGUGAGGAGGAGGCUCAACCACCCCAGUUGAACUCCAUUUUUAGAGUGUGUGUGUAGAAUAGAGGUUAUGGUAUAAGUUUUUUUUUUUUUGAUUUUUUGAUAUUGUAAUGUAUUAAACCUACAAUGAUUGGUUUUUAGCGGAUGUGAUUCUUGUGUGCAGAAGCUUAUUUCUUUUAUUUUUUUGCCUUCAAAGUUUAUUAAAUUAUUAUAUAAAAUUGUGAUGAAAGAAUUGAAUGCAAAGAAGACAAUGUAGUUAAAGAAAGGGAUAUAGAAACUUACUUGCAGAAGAUGAAAGAUUGAUGCUGUUUUUCACACUGUGUGUCAGUGUGUAAAUUUGGUUAAAAAUGGUGGUUUUGGGCUGUGGGGAAGGUGGGGAUUGUGGUGUGCAGAUCUGUUGGUGUAUUUAAGUUGGUCAGCUCUGCUGAUAAUGAUGAGCAAAAAGAAGGUUUGGUCUUUUUUCCAGGGUGGAAGUUGGUGAAUUUAGAGAUGUGUACAACUCUUAAAGCAUUGGGUACAAGUUGGUAUAGGGGGCUGUUGGUUUGGGAAAAUGAUUUCUUAAAGAAAAGGUAUGUUGGAAGUGAUGAGAGAAGAGAGGGAAAACUGUACAAAUUUUAAAAGCAUGUUUCUAUGGAGGCCCCAUUUCAUCCACCUUUUUUCCUUUUUCUCCAAUUUUAAAUCGCAUAUAUAAAUCAAUGAUUGGUUGUUGGGUUGUAAGCAUUUUAAAUAAAACAAAUCUUGUUAGGUA